AAGAUGGGACAGUUGCCAAAAGGAGGCUAGUGCGUGUCGUGGCCUCAGUCUCAGAAGAAGAUAUAAAGGCCCUUGCUCCGAUGACCCGUCGUUUCAGUCGUCUGACGGUUCGAUUAAGUGUGGUUUCGAAGGUCAAAUUGACCUGAUUUGAUUGCAAUGGUUCGGGUAGUGCCAAUUGUGGUUCUCGCUUUAAGUGCAAUCUGCGGAGUUCGAUGUGAAUUUGGAUUAGAUGUUUCGGCUCCAACUGUUACUGGUGCAAUUGCGACUGCAAUCGGAAGUGGAAUAAGUUCCGUUGUGAGGGCUAACGCCUCUAUCAAAGUUGAACCCGGUGCCGAUAGUAGUGGUACAAUUAAUACGCUAAUUGUGAUUUCAAAUAAUGUGACCACCCCUAUGAACAGAUUGCUGGGUAGUAUUCUGGCCGGAGCGAGCAACAGAAAUGCAAACAUUCAAGAACUGUUCAACAACUUUUCCGUUCUGAUCAAGAAUACUUCAAGUGCGAUAGUUGCAGCAAACAUGACUGCACAAAAUUUGAAAACUGUGACAAAAUCCUACUUGUACGAACAAAUGAUUGGUAACUUGACCGCGUUGAACAAUACACUGAAGAAUUUAUCGAGUGGUCUGGAUAUGAUUCAAUCGCAAGUUCAGAUGGCAGCAAGUGCACAGUAUCCACCUACCAUUCUCAAUAUAACAACGUAUUUUAACAAAACUGUGUUGGCAAAUCUAACAACACCAUUGAGAACUGUUAGGACUUACCUCACCGCAAUUGGUUCUACCAUCACAACAAUUGCUACGGAACGUAGUCAGGCCAUCGGUUAUCAAACCCAGUUCAACGAAACCAUUAGCACAGGAAUCCGGAACAUCGCAAACGCAGAAGCCAACUUCAACCGCACUGUCAUAGAGGUCUACCAAAAAAUCACUCAACAGCAGACCAAUACCUUCAAAGCAAUCAACCAGACUUACGCAUCUGUGUUGAACCGAGCUGAUUCCUACGGGAUCGAUAUACGCAACUUGACUCAGUUCUUAUCAGACAUGGUAUCGGCGAAUGCAAGCUUUACUCAGUUUGUCGAGCUAAGCACCAACUACAGCACGGAGCAGGUCGCCAAAGCUCUCCAGGAACAAACCAACACAGUAACGGAUACUCUGCUCAGCGUCAUCAACUAUGUAACUAACCAGUCCGUCACGAACUCCAGCAGCAAUACGGCAUCCUGUACUCAGAAAGCCGUACAGCAAUUGCAGCAGAAUCCGGUGGCCAUAAACCGACUGGCUAGCUGUAUGCAGUCGGAAGCGAACAGCUUCCGUACGACAACCCAGUUUGUGCAGGUGCAAAUGGAUGCCGUCAAGAAUGCCGCCGCUUCGCUGGCCGUUCAAAUGUCCAGAAUCUGCCAGCGGGAUACUGGACCGUGUACCGUUUACUUCUUUGCAGCAUUUCCGGAUCACUCGCAGCGGGUUCAGAACAAAAUUUCGGUCGUGGCUGGAGGAGUUAGCAAUGAUGAGCAAAUAGUGACCGGACGGAUCGUCGACUGUAUCAACGGAGUCAGUAGUGAUAUUAUGGCCAAUGCGCAGAAUAUACGGAGCAAGUUUAUAACGUGUUUGAGCAGUGGGAUGCGUAAAUAAGAUAAAGUUUGAUAUGUAGAUUAAACGAUGCUUUCAAUUCUAUUA